AUCUCCGUGUGAUGCUUGAAGUGAUGGCCUUGCCGACACAGCUAGCCUACACUAUUUGAUUCACCCCCCACAGCGCUGGUCCCCCGCACCGCGCUAGGUAUCGCAUCUCCAAAUGUGCAGCGACACUAGCGGGCCAAUUCCGCAGACCCGUCUUUUAACGACUGCUACUUUGACGACACCGCGCUAACGCCCCACUUUACUGCGUGCAGCAUGCGGUAACUACGUCGGAUCGUGCAUCCAGUGAUGCGGCGCGCAUUCCCGCUGAGACAGGCGUUUAGAAUGUGGUUAGGCCUUGAUUCUUGAGUGAACCACGUUGGAUCGCGAAGCGAGGACGAGUGUCGGUAUAAGUGUGGCUGCCUCCUCUACAGCUUGUCCUCCCAGAAUUCAUCUUUGCAGUCGACAGUUCGGGCAGUCAGCAACAUGUCGAUUCCUAUCUACGUCGCUGGUGCUGUUGUUGUCGGUAUAUUCCUGUACAGGUUUAUGUAUGGGACCGACACACCACACAUCAAAGGUCUGCCUGAAGUGCCUGGCCUACCUGUGUUCGGUAGCUUGUACGAGCUUGGGACGAACCACGCAAAAGUAGCACAAGGAUGGGCAAAGAAGUACGGGCCAGUGUUCCAGGUUCGAAUGGGCAAUAAGAGAAUCGUCUUCGCUAAUUCCUUCGACUCUGUCCGACAUCUCUGGAUCACAAACCAAUCUGCUCUCAUCUCGCGUCCCAUGUUGCACACUUUCCACAAAGUCGUCUCCUCAUCCCAGGGAUUCACCAUCGGCACAUCCCCUUGGGACGAGUCGUGCAAGAACCGCCGCAAAGCCGCUGCCACCGCCCUCAACCGGCCUGCUGUGCAAUCUUAUAUGCCACUCAUCGACCUCGAAUCCACUGUCUCGAUCAAGGAACUUCUCUCCGACAGCAAGGGCGGUGAAAUCGACCUCGACCCCCGCGCAUACUGGCAACGUUACGCCCUCAACACCUCACUGACCCUGAACUACGGCUACCGCAUUGACGGCAACAAAGAUGCGCCGCUGCUGAAGGAGAUUGUUGACGUCGAGCGCGGGGUGGGCAACUUCCGCUCCACAAGCAACAACUGGCAAGACUACGUCCCGCUGCUCCGCCUGUUCCCCAGCCAGAGCAACGAGGCUAUCAAGUUCAAGAAUAGGCGCGAUGUGUACAUGGACCGGCUACUCGCCACGCUGGAGGACAAGAUCGAGAAAGGCACAGACAAGCCCUGCAUCACCGGCAACAUCAUCAAAGAUCCCGAGGCGAAGCUCAACAGAGCCGAAAUAAAAUCAAUCUGCCUGACCAUGGUCUCCGCAGGCCUAGACACCGUCCCCGGCAACCUAAUAAUGGGCAUCGCCUACCUCGCGACCCCCGCAGGCCAAAAGAUCCAAGCGCGCGCCCACGCCGAAAUCAUGUCCGCGUACCCCUCCGGCGACGCGUGGACGCAGUGCCUGCACGAAGAGAAGAUCCCGUACAUCACCGCGCUGUACAAGGAAAUCCUGCGCUACUGGACCGUCAUCCCCAUCUGCCUGCCGCGCGUGUCGAUCAAGCCGAUUGAGUGGAACGGCGUGGUGAUUCCGCCGGGCACCACGUUCUACAUGAAUGCGUACGCUGCCGACUACGAUGCGGAGCACUUCAAGGACCCGGGUGUGUUCGAUCCGGAGCGCUACUUGAACGUGCCGGAUGGUGCGGGGACACCGCACUACGGGUAUGGUGCUGGAAGUCGAAUGUGUGUGGGCAGUCACCUGGCAAAUCGGGAGCUGUUCACGGCGUUUGUGAGGCUUAUAAGUGCGUUUGAGUUUACACCGCCCAAAGAUCCGAGGGAUGAGGCGAUCAUGGAUUGCUUGGAUGCAAACGACCUCCCUACGAGUCUGACUAUGGAGCCAAAGUACUUCAAGGUCGGCUUCAAGCCAAGGGAUCGUAAGAAGCUGGAUCAGUGGAUCAGAGAGAGCGAAGAGAGGACGAAGUACCUUAUGUAGAAGCUCGCACGAGUAAAACUUUUGGAUAUAUUGGAAAUGAUUGUAUGACUAUGUACGGGCUCCCGCAUUUUGAGAUAAUCAAAUGUGCUAUGUGUUCGAUCCAUGGGUCGGAAUAAGCUACGUGAGAUGUCAAAAC